GGGAUCAGCGAUGGGCCUUCUGUUAGUGCAUUAACCAAUGGCUUUGACACUCCAGAAGAAAGGUAUCAGAAACUUAAGAAGCAUUCCAUGGAUUUUUUGCUCUUUCAGUUUGGCCUUUGCACUUUUAAAUAUGAUCACACAGAAGAGAAGUAUAUAAUGAAGUCAUUUAAUUUCUAUAUUUUUCCAAAACCCUUUAACAGAAGUUCACCAGAUGUCAAGUUUGUCUGUCAGAGUUCAAGUAUAGAUUUUUUAGCAAACCAGGGAUUCGAUUUUAAUAAAGUUUUUCGCAACGGAAUUCCAUAUUUAAAUCAGGAAGAAGAAAGACAGCUGAGGGAACAGUAUGAUGAAAAACGUUCUCAGGCCAAUGGUGCAGCAUCUCUGUCAUAUGUUUCUCCUAAUGCCACAAAAUGUCCUGUAACAAUUCCUGAAGAUCAGAAAAAGUUCAUUGAGAAAGUAGUGGAACAGAUAGAAGACUUAUUAAAGAAUGAAGAAAAUGAAAGUUUGGAACUGGAGCCAUGUACAGGAUUUCAGAGGAAAUUAAUUUAUCAGACCUUGAGCUGGAAGUAUCCAAAAGGUAUCCAUGUUGAAACCCUGGAGUCAGAUAAGAAGGAGAGAUACAUUGUUAUUAGCAAGGUAGAUGAAGAAGAACGGAAGAGAAGAGAACAGCAGAAGCAGGCCAAAGAACAGGAAGAAUUGAAUGAUGCAGUAGGAUUUUCCAGAGUCAUUCAUGCCAUUGCUAAUUCUGGCAAACUUGUUAUUGGGCACAAUAUGCUGCUGGAUGUAAUGCACACCAUACACCAGUUCUAUUGCCCCCUGCCUGACGACCUAAGUGAGUUCAAAGAAGUAACAUCCUGUGUCUUUCCCCGGCUACUGGAUACUAAACUGAUGGCAAGCACACAACCUUUUAAGGAGAUCAUUAAUAAUACAUCCCUUGCAGAACUGGAAAAGCGUUUAAAAGAGGCUCCAUUCAGCCCUCCUAAAGUUGAAAGUGCAGAAGGAUUUCCAAGUUAUGAUACAUCUUCUGAACAACUUCAUGAAGCAGGAUAUGAUGCUUACAUUACUGGACUGUGCUUCAUUUCCAUGGCUAAUUUCCUAGGAACAUUCCUCAGUCCUCCGAAAAACCAUGUAUCUGCUAGAUCAAAACUCAUUGAACCCUUUUUUAACAAGCUAUUUCUUAUGAGAGUAAUGGACAUACCAUACCUCAAUUUGGAAGGACCAGACUUGCAGCCAAAACGAGAUCAUGUUCUUCAUGUUACUUUCCCCAAAGAGUGGAAGACCAGUGACCUUUACCAGCUUUUCAGUGCCUUUG